GUUUCGCUUACAGCCCAGCAGCAACGGAGAGCCAGCUAAGUGCCGAUUAAAACGUGUCGGCAGCUAUAACAGUUGGCUAAUAACCCAUAAUUCAACCAUCACAACACGGUGAACAUAUUAGCCCAGCGGAGGAGCUUUCUAAUUUAUCCUCCAGAAACGGAAUACAGGAGUUCGUCGCUGGUUUCGCUUCUCCAGUUCGAGCCUCUUUGUUUUUACACCGCGUCGGUCAAACAGGUGAGCAGCAGCGCCCCCCUGUGAGACAACCGGAAACAGCUUCGAGGAUAGGGAGCCAAGGAAGUAUCCGAGCCGACAGCCUCCCUUGCGACGUGGGUCUCCACAGCUCAGCCGUCCGAUGCGGGGCGAGGAUGAGUCCCGCGCUAGAAGCACUGAUGCAGGGGGACGGGACUCCUUAUUCAGGAAAAGGGGUGAUGCUUGAGCCCUUCGUGCACCAGGUGGGGGGCCACUCCUGCGUAUUGCGAUUUGGAGAACAGACAAUAUGCAAGCCCCUCAUCCCACGAGAGCACCAGUUCUACAAGAACCUGCCCCCGGACAUGAGGAAGUUCACCCCCCAGUAUAAAGGAGUCGUGUCUGUCAGUUUUGAAGAAGACGAGGAAGGGAACCUGUGCCUCAUCGCCUACCCUCUUCACAGCGAUUUGGUGGACCUGGAAAACAAAGACCCCUCAGCAGACUGCGAGCCCAAAAGCAAGAUGCUGAAGUGGAGCAACAAGAAGCAGUCCUCSUUGCUGCUGGAGAAUGACAACUACAGCAAAGACAGAGCACGGAACAGCCGGAARGAAGACAAGCUUGUGAGCUAUAACCGUGAUGAGGUGCAGCAGCAGCAGGCAGAGGUUCUCUACUUCAGCUUGGAGAAGGGCAACGUGGUGCCACAGAUCAAACACAAUCCCUGGAGUCUGAAAUGUCAUCAGCAGCACUURCAGAGGAUGAAGGAGAACGCAAAGCAUCGUAACCAAUACAAGUUUAUCCUGUUGGAAAACCUGACGUGGUGCUACAGAGUGCCGUGUGUGUUAGACUUAAAGAUGGGAACUCGCCAACAUGGCGAUGAUGCGACAGAAGAGAAGAAAGCCAACCAGAUUCGCAAGUGUCAGCAAAGCACAUCGGCGUCUAUCGGAGUGCGACUUUGUGGCAUGCAGGUGUACCAGCCAGACUCCGGCCAGCUGAUGUUUAUGAAUAAGUACCACGGGCGUAAGCUAACCCUCGCAGGCUUCAAGGAGGCUCUUUACCAGUUCUUUCACGAUGGGCGUGGCCUGCGUCACGAGCUGCUGUCUCCGGUGCUACGCAGGCUCCGAGAGAUGCAGGCCGCCCUGGAGGCCUGCGAGUCCUACCGCUUCUACUCCAGCUCUCUGCUCAUCAUCUACGACGGAGACCCUCCCAGGGCGCCCGCCAGGCCCAGACAUAAAGGCGGAGAAGAAGGGGAUGAGGAUGAGCCGUCCGACGAAGAGGAGGAGGACGAGGGGGCCUUCAGUUUCCCUCACUCCUCAGCGGGUGCCGGCGUGGCCGGAGGGAGCGGCAAAAGCAGCGGCGGUCGCAGCUCGCAUGGCGCCGGCGAGGCCAGCGGCGCCGCGGUGGACGUGCGCAUGAUUGACUUUGCUCACACCACCUGCCGACACUUCGGAGAAGACAGCGUGGUGCACGAAGGCCAGGACAGCGGCUUCAUCUUCGGCCUCCAGAACCUGAUCACUAUAAUCUCGGAGCUGGAGGACCACGGCACUGACUGAGACUUUGCUGGAGACAGUACGGUCUACGUUUUACGCAUGGGCAUUGCUCAGUGAGUUAACACCCUGCCAUAAUCCCCCUGGUGCUUUAUGCCGACAUGGGGGGUCUGCUUGGUGGAAAACCCAGACACCUCCUGGUUGGGUGAGGGGUGGGGGGGAGUCUGCGUGGUUGAUCCUGCUUUCUCGCUUACCUGCCAAAGGAAAGGGCUGCUUGUGCCCUCCCUUGCACUUUUCUCUUUUUGAGACUGAGACUUUUUUGUUUGUUUUACAUGGAAGGAGCAGUGUUGCAUGAGACAAACGUCUUUAACCAAACACRUUGUAGGACUCUCCUCCUCUGGUACAGACGAGCAUCUUUAUUAAGUUCUCUCUGAGAGAGAAAGCAAGGCAGAAAAAAAAGUUAAACUGUACUUGUUAGGAGGCCAUUGUGGUGCUUUACCUGUGAUAAGACUUUUUUUAAUGAACUUCAGAUUUUCUGUCCCCAACAGCACAGAGCAAUUAGUGGGGAAGUUUGACUAGUUACCUGAACAGGCUGACCUUGGCUGGCUGGGUCAGCAGCCUUGUAGCAAUAGACAAAUUAGGCGUCUGAUAAGAACAUUUUGUGUUUUAUAGUGACCCUUGUUUCUGUGUCCACCAGGCACUUGGAUUUAUACUUUUUGGUGGAAUAUUAUUUAGGUCUAGAAGAAGGGAUUCGACUUUUUCAUCGUUUUUUUCCCCCCUCUUGCUCUUUUUGCCUAUAAACRUGAUAUUUUGGAAAGAGGGUUCCUUUUGGGGAUUUUUUCUUAUAGUUUUUUUUUCACCUGAUCUUCAUCAUUCCUGAAAAUCUGACUUUAAGAGGAUAUACGACAAGAACACUAAUUACAAAGACUUUAAAGACUAUUUAUUGAAGAAGAGUUGUUUAAAAAAUGGAAAGGAGCACAUUCCAUAUUACCACUUUCAUGUUUUGUCCUUCUGAUGCAGUUUUUGGUUUACCUUUUUGUUGUUUUCCAUACGUGUCUUGGAAAAUAAAGGCAUUCAUUGUGGUAAAAUGAUA